CCUCACACUUUCAUUGAAACCACUUGCUUCAUUCAUUUUUAUUACUUCUCAAAAUGAAACAUUCUAAAACCCUUUUCCACUUCUCUUUUCUUAUAUGCAAUUACACAUAACAAAUACCUUUCUUUUUUUUCUUUUUUAGUCAGAAACAAAACAAAGUACAAAAACAUAAAUUAAGAACAGACAAUUAAGGUUUAGCUCCAUGUCUGACUCAAACAUAGCUUUCUACUGUCUUUCUUCCAUUCUUUCUCUUCUCCUCAUCUUCAUUAUCUUCAAAAGAAAACCAACCAAACCCAAACUCAAUCUUCCUCCCGGAAAAAUGGGUUGGCCUUUUCUUGGUGAAACCAUUGGUUACUUGAAACCUUAUUCUGCUACCACAAUAGGUGAAUUCAUGGAACAACACAUAGCAAGGUAUGGUAAAAUUUAUAAGUCAAAAUUGUUUGGUGAACCAGCAAUAGUUUCAGCAGAUGCAGGGUUGAAUAGGUUCAUAUUACAGAAUGAAGGAAAGUUAUUUGAGUGUAGCUAUCCUAGAAGCAUUGGUGGAAUACUUGGGAAAUGGUCUAUGUUGGUUUUGGUUGGUGACAUGCAUAGAGACAUGCGUGUUAUAUCUCUCAAUUUUUUGAGUCAUGCUAGACUUAGAACACAUCUUUUGAAGGAAGUUGAGAAACAUACUCUUCUUGUUUUGAGUACUUGGAAGGAAAAAUCCACAUUUGCAGCUCAAGAUGAAGCCAAAAAGUUCACAUUUAAUUUGAUGGCAGAGCACAUUAUGAGUUUGCAACCUGGAAAAAUAGAGACAGAGAAGUUAAAGAAAGAGUAUGUUACUUUUAUGAAAGGUGUUGUAUCAGCACCAUUGAAUUUUCCAGGAACUGCAUACUGGAAAGCAUUAAAGUCUAGGUGCAAAAUAUUGAAGUUCAUAGAGGAAAAAAUGGAAGAAAGGAUUCAAAGAAUGAAAGAUGGAAAUGAAAAUUUGGAGGAACAUGAUCUUUUGAAUUGGGUUUUGAAACACUCAAAUCUUUCAACAGAGCAAAUUCUUGACUUGAUUCUGAGUUUGCUUUUUGCUGGUCAUGAAACUUCUUCUGUUUCUAUAGCUCUAGCUAUUUACUUUCUUCCCGGUUGUCCUCGAGCUAUACAACAAUUAAGGGAAGAACACAGAGAAAUUGCUAGAACCAAAAAGCAAGCAGGGGAAACAGAACUGACUUGGGAAGACUACAAAAAAAUGGAAUUUACUCAUUGUGUUGUGAAUGAAACACUUAGGCUAGGUAAUGUUGUGAGGUUCCUUCAUAGGAAAGCUCUUAAAGAUGUUCGGUACAAAGGUUAUGAUAUUCCUUGUGGGUGGAAAGUGCUUCCGGUUAUUGCAGCCGUGCAUUUGGAUCCAUUACUUUUUGACCAACCUCAACAUUUUAAUCCAUGGAGAUGGCAGAACAAUGGAAAUGGCUCAAACACAAGUAAUAAUAAUAACAAUUUCUUACCGUUUGGAGGAGGACCACGACUAUGUGCAGGAUCAGAAUUAGCUAAGCUUGAAAUGGCUGUUUUCAUCCACUAUCUCAUCCUCAACUACCAUUGGGAGUUAAUUGAUAAUAAUGAUCAAGCUUUUGCCUACCCUUUUGUCGAUUUUCCUAAAGGCCUAAAAAUUCAAGUUCAACCCCAUCAAUUAUAAGUUCAAUUAGUUAUUAGCUUACACACCACAUGCUACCUAUAUAUAUAGCCUUUUGUAUUGAAUUUGGAGGGGUUGGAUUUGAAUUGAGUUAUUUCUUUCGGUAGUUCACACACAAUUGAAGUACAAGGGCAUGUUAAUAGGACUAUUUUCAAAUUUUUAUGGUUUAUUCUUCCUCUAGGCUCUAUUAGGUUUUCAAUGCUUGUUACCCUACCAACAUUGUAGCAUUGUACAUUUUAUAUAUUCCUUUCCAUGAGGCUAGGACCACGAGUGAAUACUUAUUCAUUUGUA